UUCCAUUACCUUCCGUCCUCGACAUGCGUCACUGACUAAAUAUAUUAACUUCCUGCCUUUCCACCCUUACCUCUUUCUUUCAUUUUCCCCCCUCCAUCCCAAACCUCCUACCGGCUUUAAGCUAGUCGGUGCAGGCGGCGGUGCGGUGUUGUGCUGUUUGCCGGUAAACCCCUCCGGUGCCGGGAGUCGAGUAGCUCCUAGCUGCCCCUUAGGAGGUGCUGCGGGAAGAGCACGUUGAGCCGGAGCGCAGGCAACGGGGUGACGGACAAGUUCAGAAAUUCUCAAGCUUCAUUUCGUGUUCUAAACUUUGAUUUCCUUCUUUUGGGGCCUUGUUAUUUAUUAUUUUCAGUCGCUUUCAUUAUGGCGAUGAGGCAAACUCCUCUUACUUGUUCUGGUCAUACCAGGCCUGUGGUUGAUUUAGCUUUCAGUGGAAUAACGCCUUACGGUUAUUUUCUUAUCAGUGCUUGCAAAGAUGGUAAACCUAUGCUACGCCAGGGUGACACAGGAGACUGGAUUGGAACGUUUCUGGGUCAUAAAGGUGCUGUCUGGGGUGCCACUUUGAAUAAGGAGGCAACAAAAGCAGCCACAGCAGCAGCAGAUUUCACCGCCAAAGUAUGGGAUGCUGUUACAGGUGAUGAACUUCUUAGCCUGGCCCACAAACAUAUUGUUAAAUCAGUAAAUUUCACUCAGGAUAGUGGCUACCUUUUAACUGGUGGGCAAGAUAAAAUUUUACGUAUUUAUGACUUGUGCAAGCCAGAUGCAGAUCCUCAAGAGAUUAGUGGACAUACUUCUGCUAUAAAGAAGGCACUUUGGUGCAAUGAAGAUAAACAAAUCCUUUCAGCUGCAGAUGACAAAACAGUGCGACUUUGGGACAGAGCUAGUAUGGAAGUUGUGAAAACUCUUCAGUUUGAUACAUCUGUUAGCAGCAUGGAAUAUAUUCCAGAUGGAGAAAUAUUAAUUAUCACCUAUGGAAAAACGGUUGCCUUUUACAAUGCUCUUGGCCUCGAUUUAAUCAAGACAGUUGAUGCACCAGCACCAAUUAAUUCUGCAUCUCUUCACCCGGAUAAAGAUUUUUUUGUUGCUGGAGGUGAUGACUUCAAACUUUAUAAAUAUGACUAUAAUACAAAAGAAGAACUAGAAUCUUACAAAGGCCACUUUGGACCAGUGCAUUGUGUUCGUUUUAGUCCAGAUGGAGAGCUGUAUGCUAGUGGCUCUGAAGAUGGCACACUUAGACUUUGGCAGACAGCAGUUGGUAAAACUUACGGGCUAUGGAAGUGUGUUCUUCCUGAGGAACUGGUUUCUGAAAAUUCAGAUACACUGUAUGGCUCAACUCCUGAAAUUAAAGCAUGAAAAUUAACCUUCCCUACAAGGAGCCAAGUGGGAAAAUAUGCUCUGGUUCCUACUGAUUCAGAGACUCCAACACAAAGGUUGUAAAGUGGAAGCCGCCUGGACUGCUGUGCCUUUGUUUUAAGGCUAACUAUGGGAAUUAGGCCACCUGCCUGAGAAGUUAAGAAAGAGUAUGUUGCAUCUCUUAAGUGUAAAUCUCUUAAGUGUAAAAACUAUGGCAGACUGUUUAAAAGGGUAAGGGGCAAGCAGUAGACCUGUGUUUUGCAACAUAGUUGCCUGCUGCCCUUUUCAGAGAUGGUUAAUGGACUUUUUAAUUUCCUACCUUGUUACCUGUAUUUUCUGCAUUGUAACCAUAAAUGCUGUUUUGUUUAACACUGAAAGUGAACACCAUUUGGAAAUGCUUGAGAAUUAUGAAUUGGUAGGAGGAUUUUGUUCACAAAAAAAGAAAAAAAAAAAAAAAAAAAAACGGUUAAAAAAAAAAAAGAA